AAGGAACAAGCACGAUUAAAAACUAGUCUGGCGCAAGUUUACGAACGGGCGUAAAACCAUGUUGGCUUUAAGAUGUUUUGCGUUGUAUUUGGCUUUCUGUUUAUGGAUAUGUAAGGCUGAGGAUGCUUCUUCAGCACCUGAAGUUGAAAACAAGAAACCGUCAUUCAAUAAUCCGAAUAUCCCCAAAAAUGCUUACCUUGUACUGUUCUUUAACUCACCAUCGGAUAUUACUGAGAGGCUUGUAGUCUCCCAGGCACGCAAAGAUGGUAUGGAUGACUCUAUUGCGAAGUAUGAUGGUGUUUGGUCUGUUGAAGUGCCAUAUGCCAGUUCAAUAGAAAAUGAUUAUGCACUGGUUCUCAAAUCCAAGGCCAAACAUCACGCCGUUUCAACGAAAUUGUUCAGGCCAAUAAAGUUUGACACCAAUGAGCUUGUUAUCCAGUAUGAUGUCAAGUUUCAAGAUGGAAUCGAUUGUGGUGGUGCCUACAUAAAGUUGCUGAGUGCUUCACCAAAUUUGGACCUGAAACAAUUUAAUGACAAAACCCCCUAUACAAUUAUGUUCGGCCCUGACAAAUGUGGACUAGAAAACAAAUUCCACUUUAUUUUCCGGCACAAGAAUCCUAAUACUGGUGUGUAUGAGGAAAAACACGCUAAAAAGGUUGUUCCAGAACUGGAGUCAUACUUUUCAGACAAGAAAACUCACCUUUACACAUUAGUUUUACGUUCGGAUAACUCAUUUGAGCGGUACAUCGACCAGAUUAAGGUGCAAAGUGGCAGCCUACUUAAUGAUUUUGAUCCACCAGUUAAUCCUCCCAAAGAAAUUGAUGAUCCUGAGGAUAAAAAACCAAGUGAUUGGGAUGAAAGAGAAAAGAUUAUCGAUACAAAUGCCAAGAAGCCGGAUGACUGGGAUGAAGAUGCUCCCGCGACUAUCGAAGAUGAGAGUGCCGUAAAACCAUCUGGGUGGCUUGAUGAUGAACCAGAGAUGAUUCCAGACCCUGCUGCAGUACCUCCAAAAGACUGGGAUCGUGAAAUGGAUGGUGAGUGGGUUGCACCACAAAUAAAUAAUCCUAAAUGUGCUAGUGCACCUGGGUGCGGUAAAUGGCAUCGACCAAUUAUACCAAAUCCAAAAUACAAGGGCAAAUGGUCUGCUCCAAUGAUUCCUAAUCCAAAUUAUAAGGGUAUUUGGACACCAAGGAAAAUUCCGAACCCUCAUUAUUUUGAAGAAAAGGAUCCAUUCAAGAGCUUAGCUGAAGUGAACGCAAUAGGUCUAGAAUUAUGGUCAAUGACUGACGGCAUUGCUUUUGACAACUUCUUGAUUGUUGACUCAAAGCGUGCGGCUGAUGAAUUUGCUCAAGAAACAUGGGCAAUUAAAAAGGAAGCUGAAAGAUUAGCUGAUCCGAAAGCAGUAAGUCCUGUUCGUUUUGAAUAUUGGAGUUUCCUUUUCUUCUUUAGAGAUAAACUGUUAUAACUUGUGAUCGAGUGGAUGCCCUGUUAACGUAUGACGUGAUAAAACCGUCAGUCAGCAGCAAAUUAUCGAUUGGAACAGUGACACACAAAAACCGUACGAGCAGUCUAGAGUACGUAUCGGUCUUGCUUUCUGCCUAGCCCAGCCAGUUAAGCCCAGAACAUCGAUAACAGCCUCUGUGGUAUGAAUCAUUGUAUUUCAAACAUACUGAUUUUAUAUACCAAACAGUCUGAUCACAUCGUACCAAUAAAAUAGAAAAUAAUAUUUGUACAAGAUUUAAGCAAAUGUGGCUGUGAAUGUGGGAGGCAGUAAUUAAUAGACUAAGAAUAACUCAUGAAUGAUAAAUCGUAUAAUAAUAGUUUAUAGUUCAAAAUAAAGCUCAUGACAAGGGGAACAUGAAUAUGAAUAGUUAAGUUAUUUAGCAAUUAUACUAUAAAAAAAUAUAUGCAUAAUAUUGGUCCAUAAAUGGAUCUCAAAAUUACCAUUCACUAUUGUUAUCGGGACAUACCAUAAACGUAGCUAGAUUUUAGGUAUUUUAUAGUAUUAUCAUUAAGAUAAGGUAAUACAAUUCAGUUAAUAAGUAUUAAAUCUUUUGUUCUUAUCUUUGAAUUACACUUAUUAUGUAAAGGUCUAUUUAUUCUGUUUGACAAUGUGAAGCUGCGUUUAUGUUUUCCGUUUUCUGGAUUUCCCCCCACCGUCACAGCUGUACUAUCCCAGCUUGUAAAUCAAUUCCAUAUAUGAUAUUGUUCAUCAGCCAUAUUGUUUUCUGAUUGUACUGCAACAUUAGUAAUAAUUCAAACGUCUUAUAUCAGUUUGUAGAGAUUCUGUGCCACUGAUUGAAUUCUUUUUGUUUUCAUUUAUCGACCAUUUGUUUUUCAUUUACAGCAAAGCGUUGUGGAUGCUAUACGAGAAACCUAUAAUGAGAAACCUUGGCUUAUUUUUGUAGUUGGCCUUGUUUGUACAUUACCCAUUAUUUUAUGCUGCAUCUACAUGUGCCGGUCGCCAUCCAAACAACACGAUAUUGGUAUGCGCAAGAAGACUGACACAUCCACACCAGACGACUCUCAUGUACAUGUUGGUGAAAGAAAUGCAGAAACUGAAGAAUUAGAAGAGUCUGGCGAAGAAGAUAUCGUUCAAGUUUCUAAAGGCUCCGGCGAUGAAUCAACCGCAAAUAAAACAGGGAGCAGCAGAGAUAACUCGGCAGAGGAAACUCCUGAUGAAUCUGGAGAAACCGAGAAAGCUUCGGCUGCAAAACAGUCUAUUAGAAAACGACGUUUACGAAAAGAAUAAACUUGCUCCCUUGGAUUUCAUUCCUGAAACAUUUGUUCGUAUAGCUUAUUUAAUUCUAAACCUUACAAGCGUGUUUUCUUUGGAUUAGUGAGAUAUAAUCGUAAUUAUCAUCUCUCCCGUCAUGUUAUUUGUUUCUGUAGUUUUGUGUCUCUUUUGUGGAGACGGUUCAUGUCUGUCUAUCUACUUACUGUGUCCUUCGAUAUAUGUAGAUGUUGAAUUGGCACUACAUUUUGUCUCCAUUUUAUAGUUUGGAAAAUUUUGUUUCUUAUUGUCAUCUCGUUUCAACCCAGUGUUUCUUGCUUACGAGCAUAUUUUACUUCAUUUUCAUUUGAAGUCGACGUUUGUGUUUUACGAUCAAAAAUUUUCAUUUUGUGAAUAAAAUCAUUCUCUACAUAUUCUGUAUUUUGAUAUGCCCAAGUAGAGAAAAAAUGCCUAUCAUUAGUCUGUCUAUGCAAUUUAACAAACUCGUAUCCAAUUUUUAUAAAAAGUACACCAUUCACCUAAUUUGCGAUUGAGAUCAUGUAGUACACAUGUGAUAAGUAAGAUAAUCAACUUGAUCAAAA